GUACGAGCCCGCUGCCAUCUUUUAAUGCUGCUUGGAAGAAAAAGAGCUACAGUGCUGUAAAUAUCAUACGCGCACACACAAUGUCGUACAGUUAACGCUAGGUGGCGUACGUUGACCACUGUAAUUGUGAGAGCAGCUUUGAGCUCGGUCCACACAUGGGUGAGGUGCCACUUCCCUUCCCGAAAUUGCAGGAGAUUUUACAGAAUACCACACUGAAGAGAUUGAAGCUGAUCCUCUGUGUGAGCAGCAGGAAGAGUCACACAGGGAGCCCAAGAGAUGAGCUCGGAGGAUCUUUGUGGUUCCAGUAAAACUGUGCCCUCUACUGGAAGGACGACGUCUGUGCACGUUUGAUCCAGGACCAACAGGAGGGCACGUGGACUAAUUGAAUUGCAGAUUGGCUGUAGUGAUUCUUUGUGCUUCUGUUAACCUGCUCCAAAUUGCUAAGGCUUAUUAAGUUAAGCCUUCGCAUUGAUUUAGACAUUAGAUGACGACUACGGUGGAAGACUUCCAGGACUCGUAUCCUCCCAAAGGACAGUCCUAAGUGGGAUGGUUUGUCCUUGCCUCUUUGUUGCCCUUGUUUUAAUCAGACACAAUGCAAAGGUCUGCAUUGCAUAACAGUGGAACCAGAUCUUUGAAGUUCCUUUCUUUGUCGGACAUAAUGAGACAGUAGCUGAAGGCCGAGACGGUCUUGAUUCGAUCUGUCCAGGUGUGACUACCUGUGUAUACAGAAGGAAUUUAAAUCUAAACUCCCCCCCACCAGGUUUGUAAUAACUGACGAGGGAGUUCUGUCUCUGUUCUGAUGGAGGGAACUCGGAGACGCACGGCUGUGAUCCUCCUAACAAUCGAGGAUUAGAGUGGAGACGGCCAGGACUGCCAUCUGUUACGUGUAGGUACAGACAUGCUCACUCCUCCAUCCUCCUCACAAUGAGGCUGGAUUCGUCCAUUCAGAGUGGAGUCAGCAGCGUGUGAGGAGUCUCGGCUUCUCUGACCUUAAGGUCCCAGACACUCAGCUGAUAGCCGAGCCACACGGCGAAGACGUCACGCCACGCGCUCAGGAAGUCCUCUCUCGGAUGUGCUUUCACCCGUGUUGACCACACCGGGUUGAACUGAGCUGAGAGGCGUAAAGAUUCUCCUGUUGUCAGGACGCGUCCUCUUGCGGGACCCAGAAUCCCCUGCGCCGAGGAAAGAUGGAAGAACCCAGCAGCUGCGGGAGAACAAUGUUUUGGCUUUAGAUAUUGAAACCGACAGCUGAGGGUGAACUACGCGAGCCAAAACAGCGGGUCAUGGUCCUGUACCGAUGACCCUGAUUGCCACCCCAUAGAUUUCCUGGUUGCCGGAAUCCACCAUGAGCAUCAUUCAAGACAAACUAGGCAAUGAAUUCUUGCGCUCCAACGGGACCAUGGACUCCAAUUUCGGCCCUGGCAUGAUUAUGUUCAGCCAUCUCCCUCCGGUGACCAGCUUCACCCGGCUGGCCGCCCACUCAGUGAUGCAGGACCUCCCACCGCAAGAAAUGGUCCUGAAGAAGGAGCGUGACUCGCCCGACUGCAGCAUGGGCACCCAGGGUGGUCGAAUGGGUUGCGCGGGGGUGGGAGACUAUGUUCACACCAUGGGCAUCAAGCAGGAGAAGCUGUCAGAGCAAGAUUAUCGCCUGCCAGUUUACCCCGGAGGGUUUGGGAAGAGCACAGAGCUGCUGGAGGUGACAGUCAGCAACAACCAGAGCCUCCUCGUGCAUGACCUCAACAUGGGCAACCUGCCGAGUCAGUUAGCAAAGGAGCCCACUGGGAGAAAAGGUCGAAGGUCGAAUGGUGAUGGACAGGAGGGCAAACCAAGAAAGAAGAGAAACGAGGCGAAGCAAUCAAUGAUGCUGGAUGCAGAUGGAGGCAGCCUGUCGCCAGGAUCCAAGCCUCACAUCUGUGAGCACUGCACUGCAUCCUUCAGAAGCUCCUAUCACCUACGUAGACAUGUCCUCAUUCACACAGGUGAAAGACCCUUCAGAUGCAACCAGUGCAACAUGAGUUUCAUUCAGAAGUACCUCCUCCAGCGACACGAGAAAAUCCACAGUGGAGAGAAGCCAUUCAGCUGUGACCAGUGCAACAUGCGUUUCAUUCAGAAGUACCACAUGGAGAGGCACAAGAGGACGCACAGCGGAGAAAAGCCGUACAGAUGUGAGACCUGCCAACAGUAUUUUUCGAGGACAGACCGAUUGCUUAAGCACAAGCGAACCUGUGGAGAAGCCAUAAAGAAGGGGCUGGAUCCCGGGAUGAUGGACUUGGGUUGUUUAGACAUGGGACACGGCAGCUAUGGAAUCACUCAGGGAAAUGCUGGGAGUACUGGGAGAAAGAGGGGAAGGUCCAAAAAUUCUGCAGAGGGAGUUGAGCGCAAGAAGAAGAAAGGGGAUGGAGGAGGUGUGAGGGGACCCCAAGUACAUGGGGGUGUUUCUGGAGGCUACGGCAUCCACGAAUACUCUGUGGAAAAUCAAACGGUAUCAUCCUCAACCGAGCCGGGACCCAGCAUGCAGCAGGCCCACCACGGCCGAGCUCCAAAGAUGGCAUUCAAGAAGGCUAAUCGUAGGAGCUUGGACAAAGCGGAUCUGGGCCAGGCCAAAGGAGGCUCGUUGGAGCAGAGUGGGGGCGUGGAUGGCCUUGGCCUCAUGCAGGGUAACGGAGCUAAAGGAGGGCCCACCAGCAGCAACUACGACGACGCCAUGCAGUUCCUCAAGAAAAGACGCUACCUUCACGCAGCAAACAAUGCAAACUCCUCAGGGCCAGUGGUGGUUGGAGGAACCGGCAGCGAGUAUGAUGUCGGCAUUGGUCACUUGUCUUCCCAGCCGUCCAUCGGUCAGGGGGUUGUUUCCAGUGUGAUGGACAGUGACGCGCCUCUGAGUCUCGACAAGUCCGGGAUCCCAGAUGAGGUACUGCAGAGCAUCCUCGACCAUUACACCCAGAAACCUGACGGCUCGCACCACGACGUUCACUUCGACAUCAGUGACCACCACGUGGAGCUGAACCCCGCCUCUGCCGACGGCCCAACCAUCGGCCACAACACUGACGCCCCCAGCCCGUCUGGGGACAAGACUGUCAUGAUGCAUGAGUACUCCCGCUUCCUGCUGCAGGCUUUGGAGCGCACCAGCCACAGUGCCAGCUUCCCUCUGGGCCCCGGGCCUCCCGCCUCAGGCCCGUUCACCAGUUCCCACUCGGGAAAUCCCCUCUAUGCUGACAAAAACAUCUACACAACGUCCCCACUGGAGUGUGGGUUUGGCCAAUCGGUGGCCUCGCCUUCACUGCCCUCCUCUGUGCCAAAGUCUCACUUUGUGAUGCUGAUGGGCUCCUCACCACAGCACAGCUUCCACCUGAGCAGCCUGGAAGCCUCCGCACACCAGCAGCUCACCCCUUCUCAGGAGCUAACCGACCAGAUGGAGAAGCAGCACUCCUCCACUCCCCCUUCCUCCUACCAGAUCAGCCCAUCUGACCUGAGCAGCCAGAAGGACCACCCACCGGUCAAGAAUGGCACGGCGGUCUACCCUCUGGCUCCCUCGCAGGAUCUGACCUCUCUGGACUCCUCCAAGCCUUCCUACCAGAUAGAAAACUUUGCUCAGGCCUUUGGCUCCCAGUUCAAGUCGGACGGCCGCGGCUUGUCUUAUAGCACUGACUCUAGCGGGGAGGCGGAUCACAGGAUACGGACGCCUGUGUCUGAAUUCUCAGGGUAUAGUAGUUUAUUAUCUGAUGUCAAUGAGCCAGUAAGUACAGGUUCCAAAACUACAACAAGCCAAAGCUACAGAUGAGAGCCAGAGAGAGAGAGAACACUCAGAUGUUAAAGUUGAUGUUCUUAUUUUAAUUUUUUAGUGCUCCUAUUUUAUUAUUAUUAUUAUUAUUGUUGUUGUUGUUGUUGUUAUUAUUUUUUGUAAGUUGACAUCUUUCUUUUAAAUAUGCUGUUUUUGUGCCCACUCCUCUCCCCACAAUAAGCCUGCAAGGCUUCCUGCAAAUGCAAUUUUUUUAAGUAUCUGUUAUUUUUAAGUUAAACAUGUAUUUACUGUUUUGUUUAUCUCGUCAUAUUACUGACAUUAGGUCUGGUCAUUAAUCACGAGCUGAAAGAAAGUACUUUUUAAAAGCGUAGCAUAGCACCGGAUGCAUUUCUUUUCCAAUGAGCUGAAGUGUUUGAGCAAUCACCUUUACAGUUUGUAAAAUAACAGUGAAAAUAACCACAAUGGCAGGGAAUAGCCCAGAAUAGAAACGGCAAAAAAAGGAAAGAAAAAAAAAAGAAAAAGUUGUCUGUUACAAGGUUGAAAGUAUUACUCAGGAAAAAGUGAAAAAGGAGAAGCCUUCCGAGGUUCAGUGAGCACUCUUUUCAGAAGUUUAAGUUUGCGACUUCAAAGAGGAUUUUUCUUAUGUUUUAUUACUCGUUGAAUGAGUGUGACAUAAACAGACUGCUGCCAGCUCACGUGAGCACUGAAAACACUUUCUACUUGGCUAAAUAGAGAUUAUGGUACUUUGGUGUCAAUGUGAAACCCAUGUUUUCUUCAAUAAGGGCCAUAUAUAUAUCUAUAUAUAUUUAUAAGAAUAUAUAUUAAUGUAAAAUAACAGAUUUAAUCACUCUGGGGAACUGCCAGUGGAAGUAGAGGAAGAGUGAAGGCUGGUUCGGGGGGUAGAUGUUGUCCUUGGUAUAUUUUUGGAGAACAAAACUGAUGUUAGGGCUUUUCUUUGGCCAAUAGAGGUUGCUGUUGGACAGCGAUGGAAUGGCCCCCAUCCCCUUUUCCUGCCUCUGUUUCUCUAAUUUCUUUAAAAGAAUCCAAUUAGCACUUUGAGCCGUUUUCUUACAUUGAGUAAAGUUCCUCGUCAGAUCAAGGAAGCUCAAACGUCAGGACUGGACUGGCCUUUUCGACAGAAACGUAUUCUUGUUUGGUCAUAUGCAGAUGGAUUUCUGGGCUAAACAUAUUCGGGCUGUAUAAUGGUGGGUGGGUGGGUUUGAGGGGGGGUUGUUUGGGUAGCAUGGAUUAUGUGGGAGGGAAGGGGAGGCAGGGGUGAUUAUGUGAAAGUGGGAUUUUUUUCAUUAACAUUUUCUCUUUCUCCUUACUUUUAGGAAGGGUUUUAGCUCGGGUGGGAGGGGAGGGCUUUUAAAAAAAUAACAUUUAAUCUGGAUAAUGUAAAUGUAACUCAAACCCCUAGUUUUAGUUUGACUUGUUACCCAACUUAGCAGCUUUUGCUUUCUUAUCGAAUUUGAUGACAAACGUGUUAGUGAUCGAGUAUCUUCUUCAGCUGUUACUGAGGCAACCGUGUGCAGUACGAGCAAAAAGGCGGCUGACCAAAAAAAACAUCCAAAAAAAAACAAAAAAAAAAAGAUUUGUAUGCAUUUAGAUCUUUGUGCUGCCACUACCAAGCAUAUGUGUCCCGUCGGAAAUUGGGUGCCUAUUCCUGAGAAGCACGGGUGCAAAAUAUUGUCUAGUUCAUGUAAAAUGUAAUUUCUUGCUGAUUUUUAAUUGUAUUUAUGCUGUACAUUUUUUCUGUUUUUCUAAAGACAACAAUAAUUGCGCUGUCUUCCAUAGCUGCAGCUGGCCUUGAGUGCUGGAGCUGAUAUCACUCUGCUGAAUGAGUCUUCCAACUCCCUUUUUUUUUUAACGCCCCAAUGGCCUGUUUGUUUUUAAGCAAUCAUUAAACGUGGCAGAGUGAACGCAAUGCUGUAAUAUCUUCAAGUCGUACGUUGCCAUGUUGGAAGGGUUGAGGCGUAAACAAGAGUUUGCCUCGCAUAUACCUCAUAUCACAAUAAAGCAGGGACAAGGGAGUGAAGGUUUGAUGUCUAAGGCAGAGAUGCUGUUGUAUGUAAACAAGCAAAUGUUGUGUUUCAACAUUUGUGCACGUGACAUUUCUGCGACCCGGGAAGUCGUUGUUGCUUUAGGGUUUCUGUAAAUGUGUCAUGCCAGCCAGUGUUCAGUUUCUUCAGUUCAUCCUCCUCCUCCUCCUCACUCCUUCACACCUGAUUUGCCAUAUUGUUUCAAUAUGCUUGUUGUUUACAAAGAAAAUGUACAAAACACUAAAUCUUACUGAAUUUUGAUCCCCUGUAUAAUUAUAUUUUACUACCACCCCUUUUUUUUUUAAAUCAUCGCCAAAUUUUGUAGCUGAUGAUAUCUUCCAUUUUUAUGUUCUUUCAGGUUCUUGUGAUGCGUUUCACAAGACCGUACUUGUCCAAUGAAUUUAAAAGUGAUUAGGGAGAAAACAAUAAAAAAAAAAAAUGCUGUUAUCAGGAA